GAACGCUCGUCAGACGAACCAUGAAGGCAGCAGUAGUCCUGUGUGUGGUGGCGGCGGCGUGGGCGGCUCCCCAGGGCGGCUACAACUACCAGGCGCCCGUCGUGCAGCAGCCCGAGUACCAAUGUUUCUGUUUAUACAAAUUUGUCUUUCGUAUCUACAGUUAUUACGUCCAGCUGCCUGACUCUCGCCUCAUGAGGGUCACCUACUACUCCGACGCCAGCGGCUUCCACCCCACAGUCACCUUCGAGGGCGAGGCUCAGUACCCAAGUGCCCCCGCCCAGGUGUAUUCGCAGACUCAGCAGUAUGCCCAGCCUGCCAUCACCCCCUCGCAGUUCUACUCCCAACCCGGGAAAUAAGCUUUUCCUGUGAACCUUCAGCGCUGGAAAUUUCCUUUCCUUGCACAUCGUUCCAUGUCUAAUGCUUCUUCAUGGUUCAUAAUCUCAUGGAUACACGCUUAUAUUUGUUUUACGUUAUGUGAUGCUGUCUGAUUUGUUUCAGAUUUAGUUAUGUGUCUUAAAGUAGAUAUAUAUUUUUAUAGAAGAGUCACUAUAUUUUAAUAAAAUGAUAUAAGAUAAAC